AUGAUUAUACUGUCCCUGAACCAAAAUAAGUUUCCCUCCACCUCUGAUCUAAGGCCUGGUUUGUUUGUGUGCAGGUACGUCAGUAUCAGGUCCUUGUCCUUCAGCCCCGACGGCCAGUUCCUCUGUGCUUCCAGCAACACUGAGACGGUGCAUAUCUUUAAACUAGAACAACUGGGACCGAGUGGAGUAGAUGAGGCUGCCACCUGGACGGCUUACGUGGGGAAAAUGUUCUCAGCAGCCAGCAGCUACCUCCCUGCUCAGGUGUCGGGCAUGAUGAGCCAGGACCGCGCCUUCGCCACCGUUCACCUGCCCUCGUCCGACCCGGGGAACGUCUGCACCUUGGCUGUGUGAGCAUCUUUCUGAUCUUUAACUA